AUGCUAAGCACCCGACUUGAAUCAGACUCUAGACGAAGAAAAGUCCGCAAAGGGACGCAGAGCUGUUGGGAGUGCAAGCGACGCAAAGUCCGGUGCAUCUUCUCUUCGGCCGAGCACGCCAUUUGCAACAACUGCCGGCGACGCGGGACGGCGUGUAUCGGCCAGGAACUUCCAGAUGAGAGGCCGUUAUCGUCCAGUGCUGAAGCUGUUGAGUUGAAAGCCCGGCUUCAGCGACUUGAGGCGUUCCUCGAGCAAUCGAUCCAUAAUGCCCGCGGAGAGGUUAUCGUUGAGCCGCCUUCAUCCGGGGCGCCGACAGGGAGACAAGACGCUCAGAACCCAACGCCACCGGGCGAUACAUCUACAGCGCCAUCGCAGGUGUCGGAGAGAUCGGCAAGAAAGUACGACGACGUGUCCCGCGAGCUCAUCGCGGCGUGGCCCAGUGAAAACGAUCUCGAUACGAUAUGCGGUCUCCCUGUCGGUCUUUCGACACCUCUCUACUGGGCAAUAUGUACGCCGUAUUCCGGCAUAACGGGGGUUGAACCUCCGUUGCCGCGAGAGAUGCUGCAAUUACCGCCACCAGGCUCGCAUCCGGUGCUCAUCGCGCGCAAACUUCUUGUCCUGGGGACUUUUCUGCAAGGUGUCCUCCCAUCCACGAUUCGGUCACUUGGGAGCUUCGAGAAGACAUACCGCGACAUAAUGACUCGCGUCUUCGAUCGCGCCACCCGACUGGUAACUACCAAUGACGAGCUCACCGGCUCAGCCGAGGGCAUCGAGUGCAUCAUGAUGGAAGCCAUGUACCAGAACUAUGCCGGCAACCUGCACCGCGCAUGGCAGGCCACAUGUCGGGCGGCAGCUGUUGCUCAGAUGCUUGGUCUACACCGCGGUCUGAGCUCGCCGUCGAUGAAAUUUCUUGAGUCCGAGACCCGAGCGAGGUUCAGACCAGAGUAUAUCUGUUUUCGCCUCGUACAAAUGGACCGCUAUUUGUCGCUAAUGCUCGGUCUACCGCAGUCGUCGCUCGAGUCGCGUUUUGGAACGAUCAAGGUAGCGGGUGUCGAGCAUCCGAUGGAACGUAUGGAGCGCAUUCAUUGCACAAUCGCCGGCCGCAUCCUGUCCCGCACGGAUGUCGAGAUAAAUGACCUCGCCAAGGUAUACGAGAUCGAUAAGCUGAUACAAGAAGCCGCCGCCGAAAUGCCGCCGCAGUGGUGGUUGGUCCCGAGGUUUAGCGACAGCGCAGAGCUCCUGCCUGAUACGAUGCGGAUUAUGGAUCAGUUCACUCACCACCACCUGCUCGUUCGCCUGCAUUUACCAUAUAUGCUCCGCUCCUCCUCCGACCACCUAUACGACCACUGCAAAAUCACUGCCCUCAACGCCAGCCGCGAGAUCCUCUCCCGCUUUAUCAUCUUCCGCACCUCGAACCCAGCGCACUUCUACUGUCGCGGAACAGACUUUCUCGCCUUUGUUGCGACGACAGUAAUGUGUCUAGCUCACAUCGACUCUCGGAACAAAACCCCAACCAAUCUCGGAAGCCCAAUAAUGUUCCUAGCACACAGUCGGCCUGCUGAUCGGGGCAUGAUGGAACGCACAGCGGAGAUCAUCGAGUCAAUGGCGAAUGCCAGUGGUACAGAUCCGAUCGCCACAAAGCUCACCCGGAUCCUCCGCCAUCUACUCGUCAUCGAGGCGAACGCUGCAAGUGGGACAGUAUACAGCACGAGCUCUUGCAACGCCGACGAGGGCGAGCAUGACGGCGGAUUAGCGCAGGAAGGUAAAGGACUUCGCAUCCAUAUUCCGUACUUUGGGACGAUUCACUUUGAGAAGGGGGCGAUUUCAAAGUCUGCGCAGACAGAGGUUGAAAACACUGGCUUUAUUGAUCCUCACCAAUUGGCCGAGCAGGUUGACCAGCACCCUACCUCGCAUUAUCCGCUAGCAUCUCACAUGAAUGACCCCAUACAGUUCGAUCAAACAUUGCCGGAAUUACCCAUCCCCCUCGAUUUCUCCCAUGCAGAUGAGAACUGGGACCUUCAGGGUAUUGACAUAGCGCUCUUCGACAGUUUGUUCCGUGGGACGGGGAUCGAUGACGAUAAUCAGCAGACAUGGAUCUUGUAG